AUGAGUACGCCAAGUUUCAACGAUUCGUUUUUGAAAUGGGAUGCAGCUCAAGUAUCCACCUACAUCAAUAUGGUUACCAAAGACCAGGAUCGACGGUAUGGAUCAUUAUUUUUGGACAACAACAUUGAUGGUUCACUAUUACCAUUUUUGUCAACAGAGCACUUGAAAGAAUUGGGAAUUGGUACAUUGAGGACGCGACUCUUGAUAAAGAAAAGUGUCAGCGAGCUUAUCGAAGAGCACUACAAGAAGUACCCCCCACAAUCGAUUUACGAUCCCGAAUAUGCUUUGAAUAAUUUCAGCAUAGAUGGCAGCCAAAUAUCUUUGGAGAGCUUAAAGGUGUCGGCGGUUUUAAUACAAGAACUGAUCAGAAAAUUUAAUAGAGAGGCACGAGGCCAGCAAGUUGAUCUGCCUCUUUCCCCAACUCAACAUGAAAUCAAGAGAUUGAAUGACAACUUCAAGAAGCUAAAGACGGACUUGAUACCAGUGAUCAGAUUGCUAAAAGACUCUAAGCCACUUCCGACGCCAAUUUUAGAUCCAGGUCCAGCGGCUACUUUAGAUUCACCUACGUUUUCCCCACUGCAUCUGGUAGACGAAAAGGAAAAAGUAGAGACGAGACCUAACAGCGGACACAUUAGCGACCCAGAUCGGCUUUCUACAGGUGAUACUCUCAGUCCAACAACGAAACGCUUCUCUUCAGGGAGCUUGUUAUCCAUGGGCACUGGACAGAUUAUUUCUCAAUUAGUAUCCAAAGUUGUUGACGACAAAUCACAUGAAUUUAAGUUGCAAAAAGUAGGUUCACAAAGAAACAAAGGCCAACACGGCAGUACAAUGAGUAAUUUGAGACCCAAACUAGUUGAAAAUACCUCAUCUGGAUCAACCGUUACUGUAAACACAGAUCAACAAAAGACUCAAUCACAACAAACAUCUUUCUUUGGACAGUUGAGAUCACCUUUACAUCAGUCACAAACUCAAACUGCAUUGGGGCCUCACCAACAACAACAGCCACCACAAUCACAGCCGUCUAUAGCCCAACAACCUCAAUCAAGAUCACACUCAGGCAACGAACCCCUCAAGCAACUACGUGCAUCAACUGACGACUCGUGCUUAAAAAUCCUACAGCAUGCAAUGAAACGACACCACAUUCCACGCGAGGACUGGUCAAAAUAUGUACUUGUGAUCUGCUAUGGUGACAAGGAAAGGAUUUUAAAACUUGCAGAAAAGCCAGUUGUUGUGUAUAAGGAAUUACAAGAGCUUGGAAAACAUCCGGCAAUAAUGUUGCGGCAAUUAGCUGACGUUUCCUCUUCCGGACCUGAGGAUUAUGAGGAUUCAAGAAUAAGUUCAGACAUUCCUGGCGGUGUAUUGUGA